UAUAAUCUCCGCAUUCUCGCUUUAUUCCUCGCUUCGGCAUUCGUAGUCAGUACAUAUGCAGAUCCUUCAGAGUCGCCUACUAACGAAAACGUAGACGAAAAGCCAGAAUUUAAGCCAACAAAACUUAAGGCACCAUUCUUAGAACAAUUCACAAGUGACUGGUCAAGCCGAUGGUCACCCAGUAGUGCAACUAAAGAAACAAAAGAAGGAGGCGAAACCUUUAGUUACGUUGGAAAAUGGGAAGUUGAAGAACCUCACGUCUUUUCUGGUAUAAAGAAUGAUCACGGUCUAGUCAUGAAAAGUCCGGCUGCCCAUCACGCUAUAUCCGCACUUUUAGAAAAACCAUUGGAUAACAAAGAUAAAACGCUAGUUAUUCAAUAUGAAGCUAAAUUUCAAGAUGGACUCGAAUGUGGUGGUGCCUAUUUAAAACUUUUGACCGAAUCUGAAAAAGGAAUUCAAGCAGUAGAAUUUUCAGAUAAAACACCUUAUACGAUUAUGUUUGGACCUGAUAAAUGUGGUGGUACGAACAAAAUUCACUUUAUCUUUCGACACAAAAAUCCUAUAACUGGUACAUAUGAGGAAAAACAUUUGAAGAGCGCCCCAGCAGCAACAAUUAGCAAACUUAGUACUUUAUAUGGUCUUAUCGUGAGACCUAAUAACACAUUCGAAAUCCGAGUUAAUCAUGAAACAGUUAAGAGUGGAAAUCUUUUGGAAGAUUUUACACCCGAUGUAAAUCCACCAAAAGAAAUUGAUGACCCUAAUGAUAAGAAACCUAAUGACUGGGUUGAUGAUCCAAAAAUACCCGAUCCUGGUAUGUUAUCAUUUUUGGAUGAGGAUGCACCAUACGAAAUUCCUGAUGAGGAUGCCAAAAAACCAGAAGGAUGGCUUGAUAAUGAGCCUUUGAACAUUCCAGAUCCAGAAGCCAAAAAACCUGAUGAUUGGGAUGAUGAAGAAGAUGGUGAUUGGAUCCCUCCAACUGUAUCUAAUCCAAAAUGCGAGGAAGCACCUGGUUGUGGUGAAUGGAAACGUCCAAACAAGCGUAAUCCUAACUAUAAAGGAAAAUGGCAUCCUCCAGAGAUUGAUAACCCAAAAUAUAAGGGUCCAUGGGCACCUCGUAAAAUUAAAAAUCCCGAAUUCUUCGAAGACUUGACUCCUUCUAAAUUUGAAAGAAUCGGUGCUAUUGGGUUUGAACUCUGGACUAUGCAAGGCAAUAUUUUGUUUGACAACAUUUAUAUUGGCCAUUCUGAAGAGGACGCACGGGAGUUUGCUGAAGAGACAUGGGGCGUAAAAUACAAGAUUGAAAAAGCAGAAGAAGCUAAAGAGUAUCCUCCAGAAGAUCCUGAGGCUUCUAGUACAUUUAUCGAUACUAUACAAAAACAUGUCAACGAAUUCCUUGAAAUUUUCUACGAAGAUCCUUGGGAAGCUUUCAAAGAAAAACCCGAAGUUGCAGUUGGUUUGGCAGGAUUAGUCAUCGUAUUAGUUUUACUCCUCGGAGCAUUAGUUAAUUUAUUAUCUCCACCGAAAAAGGCUUCUGCACUACACAAGAAGACUGAUGCAACAACUCCUGAUGAUAAAGAUGCCGAUAAAAGCGGUGCAAGCACUUCAAAAGAUAAUGGUAGUGAAGGUGACGAAACAAAAGCGACUAAACGACCAAAAAAAACUCCAAAAGACACUUAA